AUGAUUUUACCCAAAAAUUUUGCUCUAUCUGUUAUCGAUGGUCUUCGUUUUGCUCCUGGUAGAAUAAUUCAGGGAUACUACACUGACGAGGAAGUUGACGAGGAAAUCAUUGUAGAUGAGCAGCAUGUUGAUGAAGCACAAUCUUAUUUGAGUCAUGGAGAUAUGGAGAGUUCCCGAAAUCUCGAACCGAAUGAAGAUAACGGAGUUGCCAAAGGAGAUUCCAACACCACCGAGCCUUCAAAUGGUUUAGAGACUCCCCUAGUACCAAAUACCGAAGUUGAGAAUAACGGAACCAAUGUUGAAGAUUCGAGCAAUGUGGUGAAUCAAAGCAGUAACAUCACCUACUCUCCACUUCCAGGUUAUGAGAAUAUCAUUGUUGAAGCCGUAGAGGAAACUGAGACUCCAGUUGCUAUUGAAACCGAGCAAAGAACAGAAGAGAUUGUCCCAGAAGAAGAUGUUGUAAUAACAAUGGAGGAUGCUCCAGUAAUUGAGAAUCGUGUAGUAAUACACGAAUAUCCCAAUGCAGGGAUUGUUUGUGAGCCUCCAUUUGGUGCUCAACCCCUGUAUCAUGUGUAUGUUGGUGGAUUCAGCGUUCCUACUGGGUAUGCCAACAUGUAUGAGAAGCUGUGGAAAAUGUGUGGUCAUAUUGUUGUUGCCAGGGAUCCUGAUCGUAGAUACUUCUUGGCAAUGCAAUUGGGAAACAUAUUGCAUGUUAUAGAUGACAUACGAACCAGGUCCAGAAGUACUGUUACUCGAGAUGUACUCUUUGAUUGAGAGUACAACUUGGAGAAUUAUGAGAGACUUGGCUUUAACUUGAAGUGGCUUCCUCAGAAGAUCAAUAUUAUCAAGGAUGCAGUAGUGAAGAACAUCCCUUUUACUAGUAAUGAUGUGAUGGAUAAAAUGACCAAGAUUGCUGAGCUGACCAAAAAGAUGGAGUUGGAGAGAGCAGCUUUGCAAG